CCUGUAUGAACAAGCAGUCUUUAACCCUCUGCUCAGUAAUCUAUUCUGUGUCUCUUAACGUUUUACUUCUCUUUGUCAACACUCCUAGCCCCUAGAAUAUGCUUUGAGGGGAGUUGGCAUGUCAUUCAUCAUAGCAGCACAAUGAAAUCAUGUCAAAACCAUCACUUUCUGCGCUACCUGUCUACAAUACAGAAUCCGCGCCCAUCAGUCGACAACGCAGCCCAGCCCGAGUUCCAGGCUCCUCCUCGAUAACAUCCGUCUACUCUCUACUUGGCCCUCAAGACACUGCGGACCGCCUACAGACCUCGCUCACCCAAGGCUUGUUACAAAGUGAAGCGCACGCGAGACUCGGGAAAGAUGGACCCAAUGAACUGCCACAUGAAGAGGAGGAACCUUUAUGGCUGAGAUUUUUGAAACAAUUCAAGGAGACCUUGAUCCUUCUCCUACUCGGUUCGGCUGCCAUAUCACUCUUUAUUGGUAACAAGGAUGACGCCGUCAGCAUUGCCCUCGCCGUCACCAUUGUUGUUACGGUCGGGUUUGUGCAAGAGUAUCGUUCAGAGAAAUCCCUUGAGGCUUUGAAUCGAUUAGUGCCGCACUAUGCUCACGUGCGGCGCGCUGCGACGCCUUCUGGAGCGCCAUUGAGAAAUGGUUCUGAAGAGGGGGAAAUCGAACUGGAACCGUUGGCGAACGGUACACCAAAGGCCACAAAGACAAUACCUGCUUCCCAGCUGGUCGUUGGGGAUCUGGUCCUAUUCCAUACGGGCGACCGAAUACCUGCCGACAUCAGGAUCACCUUCUCCUCAGAUCUCACCAUCGAUGAAGCCAAUUUGACCGGCGAAAACGAGCCCGUUGAGAAGCACGCAGCUGCGCUUGAGAGACUGGCUCCCGUGUCCCAGCAUCAUGGUACUCCUGAACCAUUCAAUGCAGCUGGUACUGUUGGGGCUGAUGUUCGACUGAAUGAACAGCACAACAUCGCGUUCAUGGGCACAUUGGUCCGGUCUGGAUAUGGCGAAGGCAUUGUCAUUGCUACAGGCGGCUCAACAGAGUUUGGAACAAUUUCCUUGUCACUCCAGGAGAUUGAAGCUCCGAGAACACCUCUUCAACAUUCAAUGGAUCUUCUCGGCAAGCAGCUCAGUUAUAUGUCAUUUGUGGUCAUUGGAAUUAUCAUGGUCAUUGGGCUGCUUCAGGGGAAGAAGCCACUAGAUCUGUUCACGAUCGGUGUUUCUUUAGCUGUAGCUGCCAUCCCGGAAGGUCUGCCAAUUAUUGUCACGGUGACACUGGCCCUGGGAGUGUUGCGCAUGGCUAAGAGGGGAGCCAUUGUUCGAAAGCUGCCGAGUGUUGAGACCCUCGGCUCUGUAAAUGUUGUCUGCAGCGACAAGACUGGCACAUUGACACUGAAUCACAUGACAGUCACGAAGCUAUGGCAUUUCGAUGUUUCGCAACCAUUCACGGUGGACACGUCGGUGCAGCCCUCUGCAGCUACCAGGGCGGUCCUUCGCAUAGGCAAUAUUGCCAACCAUGGACGUCUGUCUCAUAACACCUCGGGGACUCCAGCAACAGCUGCAUCGGCUGCAGUACUCUCUUCUACCAGGGAUCUCUCUGCGACAAACACCAAAAGCAGAUGGCUCGGUCAGCCCACGGACAUUGCGAUGCUUGACCUGUUGGACACCUAUGGUGAGGAUGACAUUCGUGACCAGAUAGGUCAGAGAACGAGUGAAACGCCCUUCAGUUCGGAACGCAAAUGGAUGGGCGUUGCCAUCGCUAGUGCGCUCGACGACCUGACCAAUGGCGUUGGUGGCGGAAACGAGACGGCAUUCAUCAAAGGGUCUCUCGAACAAGUUCUCAGUCGCUCAGACACUUAUCUGACAAAGGAUGGGCAAGAAGUAAUUCUUGACGAGAACCGUCGACGUAUGGCCAACGAGGCAGCCCGCGCAAUGGCAGAAGAAGGGUUGCGCGUCAUUGCAUUUGCGAGUGGUGCCAUCAGAAGCAAACCCCGGCAAAGUAGCCGGAGUUCGACUCCUGCUGGAGUUGAAAAGAAACCGGCUGGGGUGGAUGUCUUUAAUGGCUUGUGUUUUGCUGGGUUGGUCGGCAUGAACGAUCCGCCUCGGAAAGAUGUGCACAGAUCAAUUCGAAGGUUGAUGAAUGGCGGAGUCAAAGUCAUUAUGAUCACGGGUGAUGCGGAGACUACCGCUGUCGCCAUCGGGAAGAAACUGGGAAUGCCACUCAACCCUUCGUCGUCAGCUCUGUCAUCUGUGCUGAGAGGCGAUGAACUUGACCGUAUGACGGAGCAGGAACUUGCGGAGGCCAUCGGCAAGACCACCAUCUUUGCUCGGACCAGCCCAGACCACAAGAUGAAGAUCAUUCGAGCACUUCAAGCGCGCGGUGACGUGGUUGCAAUGACUGGGGAUGGAGUCAACGACGCACCCGCCUUGAAGAAGGCGGACAUUGGAAUUGCAAUGGGCAUGUUGGGAACUGAUGUGGCGAAAGAAGCUGCUGAUAUGAUCCUGACUGACGAUGAUUUUUCAACCAUCCUCCGCGCCAUUGAACAGGGCAAGGGCAUUUUCUAUAACAUCCAGAACUUUAUUACUUUUCAAUUGAGCACGAGUGUUGCGGCGUUGACUUUGGUCUUGUUGAGCACAAUGUUUGGCUUCAAGAACCCACUCAACGCCAUGCAGAUUCUCUGGAUCAACAUCUUGAUGGAUGGCCCUCCUGCUCAAUCCCUUGGAGUGGAACCGGUUGAUCCUCGUGUAAUGAACCAGCCGCCUCGAGCACGGAACGCCAACGUUCUCACCAAACGCCUUAUCCGCCGGGUCCUGACCCAAGCUCUUAUUAUCAUGAUUGGUACCAUCAGCAUCUACAUCCGUGAGAUGGUCGACAUUGAUGAUCCAAACACGACAGACAGCACUGGUACGCCACUCCACCACCGGGUGGUGACCAAGCGCGAUACCACGAUGACAUUUACGACGUUUGUGCUUUUCGACAUGUUCAACGCUCUCACGUGUCGGUCGGAGACGAAGUCGGUCUUGUUUGGUGAAAUCAAGCUCUUUGGAAAUAAAAUGUUCAACUAUGCAGUCGCAGGUAGUCUCGCCGGGCAGCUCUGCGUCAUUUAUCUCCCGUUCUUGCAGCGGGUAUUCCAAACCGAGUCCUUGGGGUUGUGGGACCUCAUAUGGUUGGUGUGUAUAACAAGUGCUGUUUUCUGGGUGGACGAGGCACGGAAAUGGACCGAAAAGAGACGAGCUUCGGGUCUGAUGCCGAGUGUUGGUUAUUCGGCAAGUGUAUAAAUUUAUCAAAGACAAUGAUAUGUCGAGGUUGAGCUGAGGUUGUACGCGGUAGUUUCUACAGAGUAGAUAUAGCCUAAAAUCGUACUCUAUGGGAGGUGACGUCGGGUGUGAAGAA